CGUGCAGGCCCUCGCGAGGCCAGAGGCUGAGGUGGCAGUAACUGCCGACAUGGAGCUGCUGGAGAUGCCGGAGCUGAUGGGGCUGUCGCUGUUGCUCGGGCUGCUGGCCCUGGUGGCGACGGCGGCGGUUGCGCGGGGGUGGCUGCGCGCGGAGCAGGAGACGUGCGGCCGGUCCGCAGGCCAAAAAGCAAAUGGAUUUCCACCUGACAAGUCCUUGAGAUCCAAGAAGCAGAAACAACAUCAGCGGAUUCACAAGGAAAAGCCUCAGCAACACAACUUCACCCACCGCCUCCUGGCUGCAACAUUGAAGAGCCACAGUGGGAACAUAUCUUGCAUGGACUUUAGCAGCAAUGGCAAAUACCUGGCCACCUGUGCAGAUGACCGUACCAUCCGCAUCUGGAGCACCAAGGACUUCCUGCAGCGGGAGCACCGCAGCAUGAGAGCAAAUGUGGAGCUGGACCAUGCUGUCCUGGUGCGCUUCAGCCCUGACUGCAGAGCAUUCAUCGUCUGGCUGGCUAACGGAGAUACCCUCCGUGUCUUCAAGAUGACCAAGCGAGAGGAUGGGGGCUAUACUUUCACGGCUACCCCAGAGGACUUUCCUAAAAAGCACAAGGCAGCCGUCAUCAACAUUGGCAUUGCUGACACAGGGAAGUUCAUCAUGACUGCUUCCAGUGACACAACUAUCCUCAUCUGGAAUCUGAAAGGUCAGGUGCUGUCUACCAUCAACACCAACCAGAUGCACAAUACCUUUGCUACUAUAUCCCCUUGUAGCAGGUUUGUGGCCUCAUGUGGCUUCACCCCAGAUGUAAAAGUUUGGGAAGUCUGCUUUGGGAAAAAAGGGGACUUCCAGGAGGUUGUGCGAGCCUUUGAACUGAAGGGCCACUCUGCAGCCGUCCACUUCUCCGCUUUCUCCAAUGACUCCCGGAGGAUGGCCUCUGUCUCCAAGGAUGGUACGUGGAAACUGUGGGACACAGAUGUGGAAUACAAGAAGCAGCAGGACCCCUACUUGCUGAGGACAGGCCGUUUUGAAGAAGCAAGCACCAUGCCGUGCCGCCUGGCACUCUCGCCUGACGCCCAGGUUUUGGCUUUGGCCAGUGGCACCAGUAUUCAUCUCUAUAACACCCUGCGGGGUGAGAAGGAGGAGUGCUUCGAGCGGGUCCAUGGGGAGCGUAUCAGUGACUUGUCCUUUGACGUCACUGGCCGGCUUCUGGCCUCCUGUGGGGACCGCGCAGUGCGGCUCUUCCACAACACCCCUGGCUACCGGGCAGUGGUGGAAGAAAUGCAGGGCCUCCUCAAGCGGGCCUCCAAUGAGAGCACCCGCCAGAGGCUACAGCAGCAGCUGACGCAGGCCCAGGAGGCCCUGAAGAGCCUGGGUGCCUUGAGGAAAUGACUCUGGGAGGGCACAGCAGGAAGGAUCUGGCCUUCUGCCUUCGCUGCCGCGGCUUUUCCCAGGUACUCCCCAGCUGGAAGCCUUUUGAAAGGGGUGUGCUGAUUUUCUUAAUGGUGACUCCUCUCUCCUUUUUCCCAUUGAAACUAUUCUUGCCUACUUAGAUCUCUCUCUCUUCUUGCUGGUGUGACUCCUGGCCUUACUUGACCUCCCAGGCCAACGACCAAGGUGCUUCUCUUUUUCCUGGGCCCAAGGGGUGGAAUCUGUCUUCACCAGGCACUGAGGAGAGUGGUAAUUAGAAGAGAAAGAGAACAUGGUCUUUGACCUUGUGGCAACACACCCUGCUAUCCAAAGAAGCGUGUAAUUGUGGGACUUCCCUGAUGGUCCAGUGGUUAAGACUCUGUGCUCCCAAUGCAGGGGGCCUGGGUUUGAUCCCUGGUCGGGGAACUAAGAAAAAAAAAAAAAGGCAAGCUUGUAAUUGUGGAGGCAAAACCUAGGGAACACCUGAGUACUAACCAGCAGUCUUGCAGGGAUGGGAGAUUGGGAUAUCUUCCAAUUCCAUAACUGUGGUAUGGCUCAGGGAAAGGCUGAUCUUAACCCAGCAAAGCGCCUAACUUCAUCAAAAAGUGAUUAAGGGAUUUCAUUCUGUGCCUCAGUUUUCUUAUUUGUGAAAUGGAGAAUAAUUAUCUCUUGACCUGAUUACAAAGAUGUUGUGAGAGUAUGAAGUCCCUAGAUUUGGAAGAAAAGUAGAAAAGAGUCAUAACAUAUGUUACCUGUUGUCCCAUAUCAGUUAUUAACUACUGGGUGAAAACAGGGCAGUUUGAAACUCAAUUAGAAAGAAACAUAUCCCUUGGGAAGGCCAAGUUUCUGGGACUUGAUGAUACAUUUCAUAUCUGGUUCUGCUUUAAGUUGUGUGGGAGAAUCACAGAAUCCCGAGAUAGGGCUCUUCGCUUCCAGGAGGUUAUAUCCUGUUUGAGGAGAACUUCUUUUCAGUUCACCAAACAUUUGAAUGCCUACUCUGUGCCUAGCACGCAGCACUGGACCCUGGAGAUAAGUAUGAAUAAGACAUGGUUUCUGCCAUCAAAGGUGGCUGGUGAGAGAGAGGUUCACAUGUCUGUGAAGUGCUUUUGUUAGUUUAUUCAUAGCUGGAGAAGGCUGUUGUAAAAGUCAAAGCGAGAGAGAGAAUUGAAUCAGGACAGAGGCAACGAAUAUGGAGUUGAAGUUGAAGGGUAGAUUUGAUAGAUUAGGUAUUUCGAAGUUCAAAUUUUGGGACUUUGAGGACUGCUUGGAUGUGAGAUGGAAAUGAGGAAUCUUAGGAAGACUUGAGCCUAGGGAAAAUUUACUCAUCCAGAACAAAUUCUUCCUCCCUCUCCCUAAAACUGGGACCUCUGCUAGUCACCCCAACUCAUAGAGAUAUUUGAACAAGUCACAACCUUGGAGUUAUCCUUAGUUACUCCCUCUUCAUACUCUCUCCGCCCUACUGCACUACUGCCGUCUACUCCACCAGAAAAUUCUUUUGGUUACAUUCCAGUUUAUAUCCUGGAUCUGCUACCUCUCUCCAUCUUUUCUGUUACCAUCCUGGUCCUAGCCACUGUCGCCUACUAGACUGCUAUAACAUAGCUUCCUCAUUGGCCUCCCUACUUCCUCUUUUGCCUCAUUAAGUCACUUUUCUACGUAGCAGGGUGAUCUUUUAAAAAUGUAAACCAGAUCACAUUGUUCCCAAGUUAAAACCCUGAAAAGACUCCCCAUCACAGCUGGAAUAAAAUCCAAAACUCUCACCAUGGCCUACAAGGUCCUAUGUAAUCUGGCUUCUUCCUUCCUCCGUGACCUUGUUACCACUUUCCCAGCCACGCCAGCCUUGCUGUUCCUUCACCAAGCCAAGUUAUUUCCAGCCUCAAGGGGGACUUGUGCCUAUGCUUUUUCCCUCUGCUUAGAAGCAUUUUUUUUCUUCUGUUGGCAGUCUUGUCAUGCCUGUCAUAAUUCAGUUCUCAGUUUCAAUUAUACUUGAGAGAAACCCUCCCUGACCACCCAAUCUGAAGUAGCCCUUUCCACCAAUCAUAUCACAUCCAUCACAUUAGCUUAUUUUAUUUUAUUUUGCAUUACUUAAUGCUAUCUGAAAUUAUCUUGUUUGGAUAUUUGUUGGCUUCAGGGGUUUUCAGUUUAAAUGCUUAUGGAUGUCAAGUGGGUAAUAUAAGUGGGUGAUUUGGGCCACAGUUGUCUGGGUGUAAGACAGUAGGAAAUGGUGGGAACUGAAGUGAUCUCUAGGGGGCAUGUGUCCUGGGUAAGGGGCAGGCGUGGCUGCAACUUAAUAUUCAGGAUUCCCGCAGAAGUUGCCUGUUUCAGAGAAGCUAGAAGUUGACAAUUCAUUAUAAACAGAAAAACUUAGGCACUGUAGGGACCAAACAGAAUGCUACUGUGGGCAGGAUGCAGACCAGCAGUCUCAUUGGCAGCUUCUGGAUUGUUCAUUAACCCACUGGAAUGUGACAAGAAGCCUUGUCUGUCUGAUUUGCUCUGUAUCCCACACACGGUACCUGGGAUAGAGUAAGCACUCAGUAAAUGUUGAACUCAAACCAGGGCAGUUGACAGAAAUUUCAGUACCCUCUGUGUAUUGUGGUUUUAUGUUCCUAAGAAUAGACUUGUGAUGGAUAAUACUAUGCACCUGGGUCCUGGUGAAUACUUGCUUUCUGAUUGUUUGAAGAAUGAUACUAAAACACUUUGCAUAUCUGCUUGGCUCUGGCUUUACUCUCGUAUAUCCAGGAGAGGAAGUGACCACAGAAUGUUGACUUACGGAAGUCAGAAGUCUUCAGUUCCAAUUUCAGCUGGGGCACUUACUGACUUGAGACCAUGAACAGACAGAUCACUUGACCUCUCUGAGUUUGUUUCCUCAUCUGUAAAAUGGGAAUAAAUCCUGUCCUUUGUGCUUUGCAGGGCUUUGAAUUUCUAAUAAGAUGAAUGAAAGCACUACAAAAAAGUCAUUACAGAGACUUCCUGAGGACAGAAAGCUCCUCUCACUAAAGAUGAGGCUGCUUCUCUUGUAAGCAUGGAGAAGUAACCUGGAUAUUCAUGUAGCCUAGAGGCCACCAUGUUAUUUUGGUUAAAAAUCCUUGUGUGUGAAGGCAGUGUUAAUACUUUAAUAUUACUAUUUCAAUGUCUGUGGGUUUGAAAUUUUUCAAAAUAAAAAUUUGGGAAAAUAUUUUUAAAUGGUGGUUUAUAGAUUAUUUUUAUCAGUCAUCAAAAAUAGAAAAAAAUAUUUAAACCACAGAAGUGCACAUCUAAACGCCUGUUGAUAGUCUUCAUCAAUUUCAAUUAAGGUAAUGAGAAUACUCUUAUUUAAAAGAUGUUCUGGGGGAUUCCCUGCCUGUUCAGUGGUUAGGACUCCGUGCUUCCACUGCAAGGGGCACGGGUUCGAUCCCGGGUCGGAGAACUAAGAUCCCACAAGCUGCACUGUGCAGCCAAAAAACAAAAGAUGUUCUGCAAUUAGAGAUUAUAGGAGGUAAGUAGGAAACACAUACUCUGGUGAUGAGUUAUCAAUGAUGAUAGGUUGAGACUUCCCUGGUGGCCCAGUGGUUAAGACUCUGUGCUCCCAAUGCAGGGGGCCCGGGUUCGAUCCCUGGUCAGGGAGCUAGAUCCCACAUGCAUGCCGCAACUAAGAGUUCAUAUGCCACAGCUAAGGAGCCUGCCUGCUGCAACUAAGACCUGGUACAACCAAAUAAAUAUUUUUAAAAAACGAUUAUAGGUUAUAUCAGAGACCCAACAUUGCCCCAAAUUGGCCACAUAUCUAGAAACAAUAACUUGGGAUUCAUGUUCUCCUCUAAAAAAUUCCAGAAAUAUGAGUCUUCCAGGUGAUCCUGGCUUGUUUUGAGCGCACAGCUCUUGAGGCUGAGGCCCACUGAUAGAACAGGUUGGCACUGCAGAAUCAACCACAGCAAUUGAAAGCAUGAUUCAUAUACACAAACCUGGGAAUGUCUUCUUGAGAUUGUAACUGUAUGUCCAAGUCUUCAUUUCUUCAAGCUUCCAACUCUGAUCCCAGGGUUCAGGGCAAUUGGAAAAUGAGUGUGGUUUCCAUUUGCUUUCUAUUCAGUAUACAUACCCAGUUUGAGUCCAUUUGCAUUUUCUUGGUCACAUUAAUAGUGGCUAAGAUUGAUUGCGAAGCCUUCAAUCCCUACCAACUCACUAUUGUUUUUGCCUCAGCAAAACCCAGUAACCAACCACAUCUUAGUUUUUAUUUGAUGGAAGUCCCACUUCCCCAAAUCUUAAUCUGUACAAUUUAUAGGGGAUAGACCCAGACCCUCCAUGGUGGGCAUAUAACCAAUCAGCAUAUUCCUGGACUUUGCCAGAACUUUAGAAAAGUGAAAAUAUGUUUAAUUUUCUGCUGGGAUUGCUUAGUAAGUUGAAUGUAAAGAAACUAUGUGUAGUCCUGUCCAAGAAUGAAGCCAACACAGGAAAGCAGCCAAAGAUGUAGAGAGAUGUUGUGCUGAGGAUGCUGCUUGUUUAGACAGCUGGAUCCAGACACACCUGAGGUUGCCACCACUGGACUGUCAGUUAUAAGAGCCAAUAAAUUCCUGUUUAUGAUUGUCCGUUCGAGUUGGGAUACUCUUACUUGCAACUGAGAGAGCCUUACAUCAGUAUUAUUAGAGUCCAAAUAAAUUGCCCAAAAGGCACAUAACCAAUAAAUGGCUGGCCCAGAUCUUUAAGUUUAGGCCUAUCUAGUACAAAAAUACAUUCCUUUAGGGAAUUCCUUGGCAGUCCAGUGGUUACGACUCUGCACUUUCACUGCCGAGGGCAUGGGUUCAGUCCCUGGUCGGGGAACUAAGAUCCCACAAGCUAUGUGGCCCAGCCAAAAAAAAAAUUAAAAGAAUAAAUUCCUUUCAUUUGCAAAGCCAGAGGCAAGAAUACAAAUGAAGGUCCACAUGCCAUGCCAUGUCUUAAUAUUUCUUAUAAAUUAAGCUGAGCUCAAAUAUGUUCUGUCCUCCUACCUUCAUAUAACUUCCUGGAAGGCCAAGUUCAAAUUUAGAAUUCUUAGACUGAGGUCUGUGCCACAAAGUGUUGUCAAAGCCAACCAUCCCAUGAUCGAGGCUGUCCCCCUUUUCCCACCUGAUUCUUUCCCACAUUGCAAGAGAUACCCCAGCCCACACCUCACAUGCCAUCAUAUCCCUGCAGGACACCACCCGCCCCUUGGCCACCAACCACUCGGGCCUUAGGGUGUGCACCAUGGCAGCCCCACCUUUGGGAGAAUGGACCUGGCGAGAGGCUGGUACAAGCCCUUGAAGCAGGCUUGUGUCUGUUUGGACAGGGAGUCCAGGGUCUAGUGGAUGAGAUGGGGACAAAAGCUCUGGGUGGUCACAUUUCCCUGGUCCUGCAACUGAGCCUCGUGGGGAGGGGCAUGGCAGGAGGAGGGCCAGGACAGGUCCCUCCGGAGGAGUCCUCUUUGCCCACAUCUAACACUAUUAAGACUGUGUUGACCGCACUCCAUCUUUUCCCUGCAAUUCCAAGUUCACUAUGCUAAGCUCUCCUCAACACGUCAGAAAUGUAAUACAGUAUUUUAUUGUGAGUUCCUGGGGGUUCGACCAGGUAUGUGUCAGAGUUUCUCCAAAAGUUCUGGAUACGUGAAAGCAGUCUUGUGCGUUUUCUUUACCGGUAUCUGUGGUCUGAUUACUGACUCUCCAUUCUCACCUUCAAAUUCUUCCAAGCAUCCCAGAGGCCAGCUGCACCCAGGGUACCAACAUGGAAACCAUGUACACCUUGAUCCUUCAUCACAGUCCUAACCACUGGACCGCCAGGGAAUUCCUAUACCCUUUGAUUCAAAAGCCCUCUUUUGCAUAGUUUCUGCACCCAAUACUCAGUGCUUGCCACUGGGAAGCAAAGAUGGAUAGAUGGCAUUCCUUCCAUCCAGAAGGUGCUUGAUCUGGUAUCAGGAAAUACAGUAAUAGUAACAACAGCAAAUACUGAUUAUGUGGUAGGCAAGGUUGUAAGUGCUUUGUACACAUUAGGCUAUUUAAGCUUCACCACAUCCUAUUUGGUAGAUAUUGCUAUUCCCAUCUUAGAGAUGGUGAAACUGAUAAACGAAGAGGUUAAGGGACUUCCCUAAGUGACAGAGUUAGGAUAAGAACUUGGCUCCAACGCUUGUGUUCUCAGCGCACUCUUAUGCAGCCUCCCAGCCAUGCCUGUACCCAGAACAUAGGCCAGAAUGUGGUUACCUGCCAUCAGCGAGGCACAGCCCUGUGCCCAGCACAGUGCCUGGUACUCAGAAAUGACAAAAUGAGGACAGCCAGGGUAUUACUGAAUAUCACAGAACCCGUGUGUAGAGGGGUCUGGAAGUAGCAAGAGAGGCUGGAGAGGAAGAAAAAACAGGCUUACUCAGAGAGGCAAAUGGGAAACCAGACCCAGUGUCAGGAGGAUGGGUAAGGAGAGCUCCCGCCCCUCUCCUUUUUUUCCUUCCUCCCUCCCUCCCUCCCUCCCUCCCUCCCUCCCUUCCUUCCUUCCUUCCUUCCUUCCUUCCAGGGAUAGUUGCUAAACAUCUUCCAUGGGCUAUAUUUGGAGUAUACAAGAUGUUUCCUCCCUGUGGCUGUGGGGAGAAGGAAGGCCUGGAUGUACAUGACUAGGUUACAGCUCUCAAAUAAAUAAUAUUUUUGUUUGCUUGUUUUUUAUUUAAGGAGACUAUUUAAAUAGUAAAACUGGGUCAGAGCUCCUUAGUCUGCCUUGCAGAUUCUUUCUGAUCAGGGCCUCCGCAUUGGUUCCCAAACUGGGCUGCACAUAAGAUCAUCUUUUUAAAAAUACACUAAAUGUACUUUCCUCUUGUUUGGACAAAUUUCUGUGAUGUGGUAGCAGAACAAUGACCCCCCCCCCCCCCCGCCACAAAAAUGUCCACAUCCCAAUACCUGGGACCUGUGAAUUCGUUAGGAUACAUGCUGUCUUAAUUUGGGCUGCUAUAACAAAGUACCAUAAACUGGAUGCUUAAACAACAGAAAUUUAUUUCUUACAGUUCUGGAGGAUGGGAAGUCCAAGAUCAAGUUACUGGCAGAUUUGGUGUCUGGUGAGAGCCUGCUUGCUGGUUCAUAAAUGACCAUCUUUUCGUUGUGUCCUCACAUGGCAGUAAAAGGGCAAGAGAGCUCUCUGGGGUCCCGGUUAUAAGGGCAUGAAUACCAUUCAUUUAUGAGGGCUCUACCCUCAUGACUGAAUUUCCUCCCAAAGGCCCCUCUUAAUUAAAAAAAAAUUUUUUGGCCGUGCCGCGCAACAUGCAGGAUCUUAGUUCCCUGACCAGGGAUGGAACCCUCACCCGCUGCGGUGAAAGUGCGGAGCCUUAACCACUGGACCGCCAGGGAAGUCCCAAAGGCCCCUCUUAAUACCAUCACACUGGGGGUUAAGAUUUCAAAAUAUGAAUUUUGUGGUGUCACAUUCAAUCCAUGCACAUGCCAAAGGGGAAUUAAGGUAGCAGAUGGAAUUAAGGUCACUAAUCAGCUGGCUUUAAAAUAGAGAGAUUAUCCUGUAUUAUCUGAGUGGGCCCAAUGUAAUCACAAGGACACAAUGUCCUUAAAGGUGGAAGAGGCUGGCAGAAGAGAAAAUCAUAGAGAUGGAAGCAGGAGGAGGACUCAGCCUGAUGUUGUUGAACUUGAAGAUGGAGGAAGGAGCCAUGAACCAAGGAAAGUGGGCAGCUCCUAGAAGCUGGAAAAGGAAAGGAAACAGAUUUUCUGCUAGAGCCUCUAGGAAGGAAUGAACCUUGAACUUGGCCCAGUGAGAUCCCUAUCAGACUUCUAAUCUACAAAAUAACACAUUUGUGCUGUUUAAGCCACUAAGUUUGUUGUGAUUUGUCACAACAGAGAACAAAUACAACAGUGUGUUACACAAAAUAUCAAAGUACAGAAUAAUGCACAGAGUGUGCUGCAACCGGUUGUGUGAAUAUGUACUUUUGCACAUAUGUUUGUAAACGGGGGGACGAGUGGGUCUCGACAUUGGCUGUACAUUAGAGUGAUCUGGAAAGCUUAAGAACAAAUCCCAAUGGCCAAUGGCCAGGCUGCAGUCCUGUAAAUGAGAACCUCUAGGAGUGGGGGGAUGGGGGAGAAGAACCCAAGCAUUAGUAUCUUUUGAAGCUUCCCACGUGCAGUCAGGUUGAGGCCAUUGGUAUAGACUGUCUCAUCUCUGGAAGGUUAAGCAUUGGGGAACAGGGUGACUGUGGGACCAGGGAGGGAAAGAGAGACAGACUUGCUUUAGUUUUUUAAUUUUGAACUUCACUGUAUCCCUUUUUUUUUUUUAAUCAUUUAUUUGGUUGCACUGGGUCUUAGUUGCAGCAGGCAGGCUCCUUAGUUGUGGUAUUUGAACUCUUAGUUGCGGCAUGUAUGUGGGAUAUAGUACCCUUACCAGGGAUCGAACCCAGGCCCCCACGAUUGAGAGCACGGAGUCUUAACCACCGCGCCACCAGGGAUGUCCCUUCACUGUACCCCUUAAAAAAACUUUUUAUCAUGGAAAAUUUCAGCGUAUACAAAAAUAGAAUAGUAUAACAAACCCCUACGUUUCCAUUACCUAGCUUCAACAAUUACUAACAUUUUGUACCCUUUUAAUUUUCUAGCAUGUGCAUGUUAUAUAUCAAGAUAAAUAAAUAAAAUGAAAAUAAAA